AUGUACCAUGACAAUCUUGUAUGGAGGAUAAUAGCUUUAGGUGCGAACGAGCGCUGCCUGCCUGUCCUAUUUGUGACUUUAAAUAGCUACGACUCAUAUCAAGCCUUUGUUGACUUCGGGCCAGACGGUUUCAUCUCUCAUGAGACAUUUGGAUGGAUUCCUCAAGAAGCCAAAUUACAAAUGGUUCCCAAUUACUUCAGUGCUUCGGAGUGGACUAUCAUUGCUGAUGUUCUUGGAGCCAAUCCACGGCAUCUGUUUGAGCUUUAUGCCCUUAGGAAAAGUGAUCAUUACCAAAGGUAUAUGUACCCUCUUCUUUUGCAUUCUCUCUUAUUCUAUAUAUCUGCCGAUAUUGUGGAUGCAUACUUGGCAUAUUUACAAGUUGCUGUGGUUAAUCCUGCAAUGGAAAAAGCUUUGUUGCGGCUUCAACGGUAUGCCUCUGAUGUACGAAAGGGAAGCAUUCCGGAUGAAAAAUUACGCUUUAGUGCUGCAUGGAGGCAUCCUCCACGUAGCGAGGAUCCUACUCUCUGCUCCGAGUGGGCUAAAAUUCAGCUGAUGGACUUUGUCCAAGCUCUAGUCAAUACAGAACUCGCGGUAAAUUAUUUGGGUCACUACAGUCUUAAGAUCUUUGAAGAACCUUCUUCUGUGGCAUUGAUCGGGGCUUACCCAAGAGCGAAUGCAGAUGAGUUACUGAAGCUCAACCAAAUAUUGGUGGCAGAGAAUCAUUCGGGAUCGUUAUUACAAGCAUCUAUGCUUGGAUACAGAACAUAG